AAUGUAAAAGUAUCACCCACCGGUCGAUCACCAUGUCUAGAUCGGGAGAUAACACCCAAUCUUUCGAGAGCAGAUUCCGGAAUCUCGUCUACACUCAAGAAAACACUCAGCGCCAAUUAGACGUUUUAGCAACAAGUUUCACCACCCUUAUACAAACGCUAAACCAAAAUGCAAAAUCAUGUUAGUUUUCCUGAUCAAGUUGGUCGACAUGAAGUUACCGACCAACAAAAUCUGGCCGUCUUACCGCAACAGCAUACUACGUCGUGUCCUGAUGAUAAUAAUAACCCAGCAGAAGUGAUCAUGACUUGUCCUGCUAGUACCAGUAGAAACAAUAAUCUGAAAGAAUCUGCACUUGUGCGACCAGAAAAUGAUUCUUCAUUACAGGAGAUGUCUUUUCAGAAGAAUUGCUUGAAUGAUCUACUUAAUAGAGACCGUAAUAUUAUUCUUAAUACUGAUCAAAAUGUGGAAGAAAUUUUGCCUCCAAAAACUCCUUCCCCUCGGCUUGAUUCUGGUACUCCGGUAAGGAGCUUUGUUGUGGUCGAGUACAUGUCACUGUACCAAGCAGCUCAACAAGGUGACUGGGAAAAAGCCCAAGAGUUGUUUAAUGGUAAUCCAAGCUCCAUGACAGCAAUAAUCACAAUUGAGUCAGACACGGCACUACUUGUAGCUGCAGAUCAUUAACAGUGGGAAUUUGUCGAGAAAAUUGUAAGAUGCAUGCAACCGGAAGCACUUGGAUUAAAAGAAACCAAAUUUGGUUACACUGCACUUCACAUUGUUGCUAGAGAAGGGAAGACAAGAAUUGCUGAGGCAAUGGUGAAGAAAAACAAUAAUUUGACACAAAUACGUGAUAACGAAGGAAGAGUUCCACUUUUAAUUGCUUCCUUGUUCGUUUCACAUGGGAAGAAGGAGACGAUUGAGUAUCUUCUUAGUGUCACCAAGGAUGAGAGUCCAAGUCCCUUAUCUGGUCCUGACGGUGCUGCACUAAUGUGUAAUUUACUUGAUGCAGACUACUACGGUAAAUAUUGCUCUGUCUCUCUUUCAUCGGUCUCCCAAGUUGGUUAUGGAAAAGGCGAAAAACAGCAAUAUGUGGCCUCUAGAAGUGAUGGCUCAAAGACCGUUCAACUUUAAGUGGAAGUAAAUUAAAUUUCUGGCAACGGAGCAUCUACUCAAGUUGGUCGUCUAUCUUUAGUAUCUUUCUAUAUAACAUACUACCAGUGUGCCCUUGUGUGGGAGACUGGGAAGAAUACGAGCUAAAGCCUAAUCAUGUACUUUAGGUAAGACUGCAGUAAAUAGUGUCAGAACGGGCAUGACGCUAUCUUUGCUUUGAUCUGUAAGUAGGAAAUAAAAAAAGAAGUAGGAUGACAGGGAACCUAGCCGACAUAUGGAGUCACAUGAGGGGAGUGGGGUUUUUGUACGGAUUUUCUGUUGGUAGUUUCAGGUGGUGUGAUUUCGGAAGUCCCAAUGUUUUUCCAGAAGCAAAAUCCUUCCAGUAUAUUCUGUAUAAAACUAGACAACUUUUACAUCUUAUAAUGAAUAUGUGCAAACUGGAAUUGCAGUGGUUUGUUUAUGUGGACGUGCCAAUUUCAACUAACAGUAACAAUAUAGAAGACCCGGAGAAUCCAGCAGUGACAGCUGAAUCCUCGCCAACAAGCCGAACCAUGACCAUACUCUAUUGGCUAUGCCAAGUCCCUGGUAUCAAACAUUUAUACAAGCAAAUAUACAAACAAAAGUUGAUGCAUGGACAGGCCUCCAGUUUAGUUAAAGGUAUGUUUGCACAACUUAAUCAGAUGACCACUGAGGCCGAGGAAGCAGAUUUUUUUGAGAACUCUGGGGUAUUGAAGACGGCUAUAAAAUUUGGGACGACUGAACUUGUAGAAGAGUGUCUAAAAGAAUUUCCUUACCUAAUCUGGACUAAAAUGAUGAAGAAUCAAACACUAAUCCAAAUGGCAAUUGAAGAACGAAAUGAAAAGAUUUUGAAUCUCAUGUGCAAGAUUAGUGAGGAAGAUAAGAACGAACUGGUUUCUAGAAAAGAUAAGAAUGGUAAUGGGGUCUUGCACUAUGCCGCCAAGUUAGCGCCUUUCCGUCAACUCAAUUUAGUUUCAGGUGCAGCUCUGCAGAUGCAACGAGAGAUGCAGUGGUUUAAGGGUGUGAAAAAUAUGGUACUAAAAUCGGAAAGAUUGGUCAGAAAUAAAGAUGGGCUGACAGCCCAAUCUAUAUUCACAACGCAACACAAGGACCUGAUGAGGGAAGGAGAAAAAUGGAUGAAAGACACUGCUCAAUCUUGCAUGCUGGUGGCCGCCCUUAUCGCUACAGUAGUAUUUGCUGCAGCUUUUACUGUGCCCGGUGGAAAUUUCAAUAAUGAUGAAAGUAGUAAUAGAGGCAUCCCAAUUUUCUUGAACGAAAAUUCAUUCAUGAUUUUCGCCAUAGCAGAUGCCUUGGCUCUAUUUUCCUCGAUCACAUCCAUUCUUAUGUUCUUGGCCAUUCUGACAUCACGAUACGCAGAAGAAGAUUUCCUCCUUUCUUUACCAACAAAACUGAUACUUGGUCUUGCAACUCUCUUUUUCUCUAUAGUCACGAUGAUGGUAGCCUUUGGUGCAGCACUUGAUAUUGUGCUUGUGCAUAGAUUAAGGUGGGUUCCUAUUCCUAUAGUGCUAUUUGGUUUCGUGCAUGUUACUUUAUUUGCAUUACUGCAGUUUCCAUUGUUGGUGACAAUGGUCAGUUCUACUUAUUGGCCUCACAUCUUUGGUAAACAAAGCAAACAUAUGUUUCGUUUGUCUAAUAGCUAAAUGGAUUCAUUUAAAAUACGGGCCAAAGCAAAUGUGUAAACUAGAGUGCCAGUAUCCGUUUAUCUUAGUCAUGUAGCCGAUUCUCUUACCCAUGGUGUACAGCAAUGUCCUUAAGAUACUA